AUGAUGUUCCAGAGCGUGACGUGGGAAGUGGAGUCGAAGAAAUUACCGAAGAUUAACACCACGAACGUCAUGAUGCCCGACGGAAGUUACAAAUCUAAUACACUCUCUUGCGUAAACGAUAUGCCAACCCGCCGAGGCUCCAGCCAAGCUCCGUGGACAGGCGAGAGGUCGUCCUUGGAGUCUUCUCGUGGUCUCCUCCUCAAGGGCCAGAUGUACAUCCUCAAGGACUCGAACAUCGCCCUCUUCCUCUGCAUUCCGCUUCUGAACAACCUCGUGGAAAUGCGGGAAACAGGUCUUUUCCUCAACGACCUGAGUAUGCACGACCUGAGCAGGGAAAUGGUGCUCUCCGGAUGGCAUCACUGUUCCAGACUCCAGAUCAUGUACAACCGCGCCGAGGAGGACUCCAACAAGCUCGAGGACGCCUACAUGAAGGUCGAGGAAGCCAAGACGCGGGCGGAUGAUCUCCUGUACUCUAUGUUGCCGCGUCAGGUGGCUGAUAUCCUCCGCCAGGGGAAAAAUCCGCUGGAGACUUGUCAGGCCUUUGAGGAAGUGUCCGUCCUGUUCGCCGAAGUGUCUUUGAUGGAGGACCAGGAUCUCACUCACACCGUCAACAAAGUCUACCAGACGAUUGAUAACAUAACUGACCAGUAUUCCGUCUUCAAGGUGGAGACAGUCCUGGGCGUGUACAUGGUUGUGGGCGGGGCUCCGGAAUACCAGCCCGACCACUGUGCCCAGCUGGCAUCCCUCGCUCUUCACAUGGUCAGGCAGAGUGAAGAAUGCAAGACACAUAACCUGCGAAUUGGUAUCCACGUGGGCCCAGUCGUGGCGGGCGUCGUGGGCAUGAAACUACCGAGAUACUGCCUCUUCGGAGACACCGUUAACACUGCCUCGAGAAUGCAGACGAACAGCCAGGUCGGCAAGAUCCACAUAAGCGAGAUCUGCGCCAAGCACCUCGAGAAAUUCAACUUCCUUACAACAUUCCGAGGAAAGUUACAGAUUAAGGGCAAGGGCGAGAUGAACACUUACUGGCUGGAGGGGAGGAAGGAGAGUGCCAAGUCGUCGUGGAAGUGAUGGAGGAAGAGCCUUUCCAGGUGCCUCAUCCCCGAGGGCGUCCAGGAGAGGUAUUCCCCUUCAGCGGGCGUCGACGGAGAGGCAGCGGCGGGGGCGAGAUUUUGUCGCCCGUAGAGAUUUCGGGUCGCUUGUGGAAAGAACGAUUUUUUUUUUUUUUUUAAUUCGUAUCUAUCUUUCUUUCUUUUUGUUGUUGUUGUUGUUUUUAUGAAUUCAAAAUGGUGUGUUUGUGUAUGUUUUUUUUCAGUACCUUUUUUAUUUAUAUAUCUUUUUUUGUUACGAAAGCUAAAUUGAUUGUGUCUUCUUCAUGUUAAACCUGUUGGGAUACCAGGCUGUGGAAAAGAGAUGUCCCACAAGUUCCGUUGUAAAGGAGAGAAUGUGUUUACCCUUUUCUCUCUUCCUCGGUGAAGAAAUGACAUUCCAGUACCUGCGGAAAACAAUUAAGAGGUACGACAUGAGUAAUAGAAUACGUAAGGCAAAAGUAAGCUUAAUAGACGUCCUGUCCUUAGUGCAAAUCCGUGUCUUGAUCGAGGACCUUUGUUUAAAAAAGAAAACUAAAAGGAUAUACUGCAUUUCAAUCAACAAGGUCUUCACACAAGCUUAGCGAAGGACCCGGUAGAAACGGCAGCUGCGUUACAGAGACCCGUGGCCGCUGAUGUAAAGCUCUGCCACAAAGCUUUAGAAGUGCGUUAGGGUUCAGGAAAGGACUGUUCUGUGUCUUUGUGGAGAACCAAAUGUAUCGUUAGACUCGUGCAGUAUUUAUGGCAUUGUGUGAGCUUCUGUGUUGUCGAGGCGAGAAACUGCUAGACUGUUGUUUGAUAGCUUAAAACAUAUCUGCCUUAAAUGUCUUUAUGUGGGCACCAUGAUACACUGCAUUUUAGAAAGUCCAUGCUAUUAUUAUUAUUUUUAUUUCUAUAGAUUCGAUCAAUUAAUAGAGAACAGGAUAUUAUAAUACAUUACAAAUUUAUUGGAAAACCAUUACAAAAAGAAGGUGCUCAUUUAUUUAACAAGAGAUUUCCAUAGACUUAUCACAGUAAUGAAAUGAGGAUAAUAUCUAGAUUUAUAUACACACAUAUAUUUUCCUAUAGCGGAUGACUAGAGAAGAUAGAACUAUUUUUUAUUGAAUGGUGGUACAGUGUUUAAUCUGGAUGUGAAAUAGAUUUGUAUUAGUUUACGAGUGACAAGAUAUUUAAUUAAAUGCAUUUAGAUCCAUUAAUAAAGUAAUUGCAUUUGUAAAGGUGUGUCGUAAAUAAAUGAAGUAUUGAAUAACUUCAUUACGUGCUUUGUUUGUGUAGCUGGAGGUGAAGUAACAAUGGAAUAAAGCUUAUAGUAGAUAAA